AUGCUUUUCAACCGGCGGUAUUCGCUUUGGAGUCUGACAACAAUACUAUCGAUCUUUUCAGGUCGUGUCGUUGGACAGAAUGUGUCUCAGAUAUUGAGUAUCUUUGAAAGCAUCGUCGACUGCGCGACUUGCCUUGUUGCACUGAUUCCACUUCAAGCCCUCGCUCAUCUAGGAAAUGACCCAUUUUCGGACACGUUCAUCACUGUCUGUGAUGUUGCUCAACUGGAAGAUCCUGAUGUCUGUAGUGGACUAAUGUCAAGGCUAGGACCAAUUAUUGCCCAUGAUCUUCGCAGCAUCGACGUUAGUGGACAGACUGCUAAUCGUCUCUGUGACGCCCUUUUUGGUUUUUGUGCUUCGAAAACACCUAAUCCAUUCACGGUGCCCCUCCCCUCUCCGUCUGCAACGGCAGUCACUCCACCGAGCAUGCCAACAGUGCGCAAGACACCUUUUCAGGUCGUUCACAUAAGUGAUGUUCAUAUUGAUAGGGAAUACACGGUCGGCUCUGAGGCGGAUUGCACCAAGAACAUUUGUUGCAGGGAUUUUGCAGACGAGGCGGGGGAGCCGGUCACAGAUCCUGCGUUGCCUUUCGGGAACUCGAAGUGCGAUUCGCCAGUAUCUUUGGCAGACUCGAUGCUCGAGGCUGUAAAUAGCUUCGAUGCUCAAUUUGUUAUUUUUACUGGAGAUGUCGUUGAAGGUAAUGUGUAUACUCGUUCCAGCGAAGUAACAUCCGAUCUCAUUGACUUCAAUGCGGAGAUGUUAUCAAAAAUCACCGCCCCGAUAUUCCCUGCCAUUGGUGUCGACUCCACACCAGUGAACUCGUUUCCUCGAAACACUACUGACACCACUCUUGAUGUUCAGUGGGUUUUUGAUACUCAAAGCGCAGGUUGGGAGCAUUGGAUUGGUAACGCGGCUAGUCAACAAGUCGACCACAUCUCGGGCAGUUAUGCAGCCACUGUGCCCGGUAUGAACCUAGUUAUCCUGUCCGUGAACACUCAAUACUGGUAUAGGCAAAAUCUCUGGGUUUAUGACAGUGAUAUUUUCCAGCCGGACCCUAAUGGAAUAUUCUCUUUCAUGGUUGAGCAACUCCAAGCAGCAGAAAAUGCUGGUCAGAAGGUUUGGGUCAUUGGCCAUAUACCUCUUGGGAAGGCCGAUAUUAUCGAAGAUCAGUCGAACUAUUAUGACCAAAUUUUGCAAAGAUACAAAGAUAUAAUUGUAGGACAGUUCUUCGGCCACAGUCACAAAGAUCAGUUCGAAAUUGCAUACUCGGAUUACAGCAACCAAACGGCAGCAAACGCAGUUGGCGUGGGUCUCAUAUGUCCUGCGCUCACUCCCACCAGCGGAAAUCCUGCAUUCAAGGUGUAUGAUGUUGAUCCUGAUACUCUGGGUAUCAUGAAUAUCCGCGUCAUCUUUGCAAACAUGUCGGAUCCUUCUUUCCAAACAGAUCCUACUUGGACGCUCUACUACGAUGCACGAGAAACUUACGGCCCUCUCGUCGGGCUCCCAGCCACAUCGGAACUCACACCAGCAUUCUGGCAUAACCUUACUGAGGUAUUCGCAGCCAACGAUACGGCAUUUCAGCUGUUCAACACCUUCCUCAGUCGAGGCGGAGAUGUCGUACCCUGUGACGACACCGAUAACUGCAAAAACACGACAAUCUGUGAUCAGAGAGCAUUUCGUUCUCAGAAUAACUGUGAUAUAGAUGAAGGGGUAUUUGGCAUGAUUAGGAAGAGGGAUGUUCGAGGUUUACAAAGAGAAGCAUCAGAUUGUGAGGGUAUCGGUAUCAGAGAAAUCUUUGACGAAAUCCGUAAUUCGAGAACCUGA